GAUGAUGAACCUCAGUCCUGCACACUCAGCAGCUUGAGAAGAGAAGGAGACGCACAGCAGCAGAGAUCCUUCAUAUCUGAGAAGAACGAAUCAGUUGAAGACUGAGCCUUCAGUAGAUCCUCCACUCACUAAUUGAAAAGCUUUAAGAUGAAGACAAGUGCUGCCAUCCAGUGCAUCGUUCUCCUGGCCUGCAUGGCCCUUUGCACUUCACUAGGUCCUCCAAGGUGCCGGUGUGUGAAGACCAGUAAGUCUGUAAGGAUCGCUCUCAUCACUCAACUCAAGGUGGAUGAGCCUCAUCCACACUGCGACAGGAGAGAAGUCAUUGUCACACUGAAGGAUGGGCAUGAACGGUGCCUCGAUCCUGAGUCUAAAUUCACCAGAUAUCUAGUGAAAAAACUGAAUCAAAGGAAAAAUACGACCGUCAGCUACGAAACAACCACAGCAUGAGCCACAGUGCCAGAAUCAUCACGAUCCACUUUGCAUGUUUAGCACUGUUACAACAUGUGUGGAUCAAGAAGAAGGAGCAGCACAGCUCUCGUUUAUGAUUAUUUGUAAUGCUGGAAAAUGCCUCAAAAUAAAUAAUACAUUUUGAGUUUGUUUUAUAAAA